AUGCUUGGAAUGGGUCUACGUGAUGAUUAUCCGGCCUAUGGAGGACGUGGUCCGGCCGAUCUGCAUCUGGGACUGGGACUGGGAUCGGUGGCCACCAUCUUCAUGAUACUCCGAGUCUAUGUCCGACUGCGAAUCAACAAAUUCGGAACGACCGCUCUAAUUCUGGCUUUGAUCGCUUGGCUUCUCACUGCCAUCACGCAGACUUUUAGCGUGAUCGCUAUUCUUCACGGACUUGGCAACCAUCUCGAGCUCAUCGUCGAAGCUGGGGAGCUGAACAACUAUCUGCUGUUCACAUGGAUCACCAUCUUCUUCUUCAAUAUGGCCAUACCCACGGGCAAGGUGGCUGUCGCAGCUUUCUUGAUGGAGAUGAACUCACAGGGUAAUCCCAAGAUUCGCCGAUGUCUGAUCGCUGUCGCCAUCCUAAACACCAUCUUGAACAUCCCACAGAUCGUACUCCCUUGGUUCCAAUGUGAUCCCCCAAAGGCGCUGUGGGAUCCAUCGCGACAGAAUGAUUGCGAUCCUCGCAUCAGCGUCUACUAUACGUACUUUGCCGGUGCGGUGGCCGCGCUAUCGGAUUUCUUUCUGGCGAGUAUUCCCAUCACGAUGCUGGCUCCACUUCGCAUUGAUCGCACGUUGAAAUGGGGCCUCAGUUUCCUCAUGGGCUGUGGUGUUUUUGCGGGUGUCGCCGCGCUCGUGCGUACAUGGGCCGCAAGUUUAAUACUCGGCGCGGAUCCGACCUAUGGCGUGGGGACCUUGUUUCGCUGGGGCGAAGUCGAAGAAUGGAUCGUGCUCAUCACCAUGUCCAUUCCCCCUGUUUGGCCGCUAAUUCGCCCAUUCACUCCGCGAUUCUGUCAAUCCCAGGGCCGAUCACGCCGUCUGCCGACUUCUCGAGGGGACAGUGAUCCAUCGAGUGGACGUCCUUUCUCACAUGUGUCUGCUCCAGUGAUUACCACCACCAUCUCGAUCUCGUCACGGAAGGCACCGCACUCUGGAGAUAUGCCACAUCGCGCACCUUCGCCGUCCGGCUGGGUUUGA